GUUUAAAUUAGUAUGUCAAAGUCAAAGUCAAAACUAGUGAUGGUAGUUGCAAAUCAAGUCAACAUGGAGUUGUAAGAAAAUAAUAACAAAAAGAUUUAUUAUAAGUUUAUUGUUAAACAUGAUAUGCUUGUUUAUUAGUUCAUCUUCUAAAAAUCGUAUUAACUUAUUCACAUAAAAUGUCUUCCAAAAGUGAAUUGAAAAAGUUAUCUGAAGAAAGUUUGACUCGUCAACCUGAAGAAGUGUUUGAUAUAAUAUGCAAACUAGGAGAGGGAUCAUAUGGAAGUGUAUACAAAGCGCUUCACAAAGAGUCUGGUCAAGUGUUAGCAAUAAAGCAAGUACCUGUAGAUACCGAUCUUCAAGAAAUUAUAAAAGAAAUCUCAAUUAUGCAGCAAUGUGAUAGUACAUAUGUUGUAAAAUACUAUGGCAGUUACUUCAAAAAUACUGAUCUAUGGAUUGUAAUGGAGUAUUGUGGGGCUGGUUCAGUAUCAGAUAUAAUGAGAUUGCGGAAAAAGACUUUGGUUGAAGAUGAAAUCGCUACAAUUUUGUCUGAUACUCUGAAGGGUCUAGAGUAUUUACAUUUGAGAAGAAAAAUUCACAGAGACAUUAAAGCUGGUAAUAUUUUAUUAAAUUCUGAAGGGCAUGCCAAAUUAGCAGAUUUUGGUGUGGCUGGACAACUGACUGACACUAUGGCUAAAAGAAAUACUGUGAUUGGGACCCCAUUUUGGAUGGCACCUGAAGUGAUUCAAGAAAUAGGUUAUGAUUGUGUGGCAGACAUAUGGAGUCUCGGAAUAACUGCCUUAGAAAUGGCCGAAGGCAAACCACCUUAUGGAGAUAUUCACCCCAUGAGGGCUAUAUUCAUGAUACCAACAAAACCUCCGCCUUCAUUUAGGGAACCUGAUAAGUGGAGUGCUGAAUUUAUCGACUUUGUUAGUAUUUGUUUAAUAAAAAAUCCCGAGGAACGUGCCUCUGCCAGUGAUCUUUUAACUCACGAAUUUAUUAAAAAUGCCAAACCCCCGAAUAUUUUGAACAAUAUGAUACAAGAAGCUCAUGAAAUCAGAGAGAAUCAAAGUUACAAAAAUAUACACACGGCUGCAAAUGUGCAAGGACUGAAUAAAAGUAUAAACGAUGAAUCUGAUGAAGACGUUGCCUUAAUAAAUCAAACCAUGGUUUCAUGCACUGAUGACGGUACAUUAGUUCCUGGUAAAGGUGGUACUUUAUUAUCCAUGUCCCCAAGUGGCACUUUGGUAGAACUCGAGUCUGAGUUAGGAACUAUGGUUAUAAAUAAUGAUGUGGAUGAUCAAACUAUGAAACGUCAUGAUACGAAUUCUCAGGGUGGUAAAAAGUAUAGGCCAAUGUUUUUAGAUCAUUUUGAUAAAAAAGAUGCUGAUGUGAAGGGUAAUGGAAUUGCUAGUCCUAUAACAUUAGAUGUUCCUGAUAGUACCACUGAACAACAAAAUUUCCAAAGUAAUUUUCAAGUAAAAUUAACAGAACCAGCUCCAGCUCAGCAGCAGGCUCAGCCCACAGAACAAAAACCUCCAUAUCAACCUUUCAAUGAAGGAGAUUUCGAAUUUUUAAAAUAUUUAAGUUAUGAAGAAUUACAACAGAGGAUGAACACUUUGGAUUUAGACAUGGAGAGAGAGAUAGACGAACUUCGUAAGAGGUAUGAAAUCAAGAGACAACCUAUUCUAGAUGCAAUGGAUACAAAACGUAAAAGAACCCAAAACUUUUAAUGAAAAAAAAAAAUAUGAACUCUCUAAUAAUUACUUUUGGGUGCUCAAAAAGUUGUUUUAAACCUAUUCUACAGGCUGAACUAAAAUCUGAAAUUCCUAUUGGGAAUUAUAGUUUUCCAAAAAAGUUAAAAUACACCCAAAACCGCAGAUAUAAAUUGGUAUGACGAAUCACAUAAAAGAAUAUGAUUUGAGAGAAUUUGCCUCGUACUCAUUCAGUUUCUAUUCAGUAUUCUUACUAACCCUUUUAGUGCCAUACAUAUUUCACCAAUAUGUGCUAAAAAUGUCAGUAAAAAAGUGCAUUUUCAUAGAUAACUAGCUGAGCUGGCAGACUUCGUACUGCCUCAAUCAAUAAAUAAAAGACCUAAACUUUUUUAUAAAAUAAACUUAAAACAAACAAAAGGAAUCCUUUUUUUAAUUAAAAUAAAUUAAAAAAAAUGCUCGGUAUGAAUGAAGUUUUAUUAUUAUUUUUGAUUAAUUACACAUGAUGUUGUUUACUUACAAAACAGUUUUCUUGAAUAACUGGCUAUUUAUAAGGUUUCAAUUUGAUAUUGACAGACACACACAGUUAUUAUAUAAUCUGUUGAUGAGCUUAGAGCUAUUAUUCCAUAAAUAUUGAACACUACUUUUUUCCAAAACUUCACUAUCUUUUUUUCCAUCUAAGUAUGAAUAUAGCAUUUUAUCAGAUUCAUCCACACAACCCAUGAAUUGAUUGUAGAUAGUUUCAUAAUUUCCACUUUUCUUUUUUACUGUUAUAUUUCCAACAUUGCUAUCAGUGGUAACAAGGAUGACUGGAGUUUUUAUGGGAUGUUUGUCGCUUUGAGAACACAUUAGAAUUCCUCCAUUACUAAAAUAUUUAGACCCACCAACUUUGUUAUUUGUAUUUCUUUGGGUAUAAGCUUUCUGUUGCGCCUUAUAGUGCCAGUUAUGUAUCUCACUUUUUCCAAAAGUAAUAAAAAUCUGUUCCUUGAAAACAUUUUAGAAAACCACGGAUUAUGACGUGAAUUCAUAUUCCAGUAAGAAGAAAUAGUAGGCGCUCUUGUGAUAACCCUUUCCAGGAUUACUGCCACAAAUGCUUCCAUGUCUGGUCUUGUGUGUGCAAAAAAUAUUAAAAGUAUACUGAUUGGUUUCAAUAACCAUUUUGUUAUACAAAAACUCUGUGAAAAAUAAAUUGAAAUACUCCAGUGUGGCUGCGUCACCUUGAAGUUAACAUACUUCAAGAAAUGCAUGCUGAGUUUGUUUUGUAAACGUGGCAUUUGAUGGUAGUUCCACAAAUUGCGUAUUUGGUUGGGUUGUAGUUUCGAUAACCAUUUUGUUAUACAAAAACUUUGUGAAAAAUCUUGACAGGAACCACAAUAUCACUUGCGCUAUCGUUCUCAUAAUCACUAAUGCAAUUUUCAAAAUGUUCUUUCAUUUCAACGUCUGCAUCUGAAAGUUCACUUGUGUCCGAUAUUUUGAAAUCAAAAUUAGAAAUAUCAAAAAAAUAAUAAUCGCAAUGUUAUAAAAAAUAUGCUAUCGAAGAUAGCUAGGAUGCAAUAUAAUGAAUACAAAUACGAACACGGUAACACGUCGUUACCUGCGCGCGCCAAAAGUGAACUGACAAAAGGAGCACUAAGCGACUCUGAUAUUUUUCACAACUAACGAGAGGAGCGCUACGGCAAUCUUUAGCACUAAAAGGGUUAAUUAACAAGGCUUGAUGUUUCGAGUUAAUUUAGUAUCAAAAAUUCAUAAAAUGAAAACGUAAAAACCAUUCAAAUUAUUUAUUUUCUCUUACUUUUGUACAUACUUACAAUCAGUAUAUUUUUUUAACAGAUCAAUAUUGCAUAUUGUUGAAACUGUAUUCUUAGAUAUGUUUUUGUUUGGUGCAUUGAAAUGUUCUACAAUAAGCACAUAAAAAAGACCCAAAUUUUUUUCAAAAAUAUAGUUUGUAAAUGACAGAAGUAGAAUAUUUCAAAACGUUUCGAAUUUUAUUCAAUGUUUUAUUAAUUUUUGAUUCGUGUGUUUUUUUUGUAUAACUUCUCCGAGAUGGACUGUGGAUAAUUCUAAAUCAGUAUAUAUACAGGUAACUCAAGGAAUCGAAAUUUUCUAGACAUAAAAAUAUCAAAUUUUCUAUUUAAUUAAUAUGCAGUAUUAACAAAUUAUGACAAUAUUUCAAAUCAAACAUAAAAUACUUGAUAUAACAUUAUUAUCUUUCUCUGAAUAAAUUUUAGAAAAUAAAAUAUUAUUACUUCAUUUGUAUUUAAUAUUAGGGGAAGGUGAGGUAAGCUAUUUCAUAAAUAAAACUCUCUGUCUUUAAUUGCACAAUGUAGGAACUUUUAUUCAGAAAAUCAUGAGUCUUUCUUCCUAUAAUUAUAAUAAGUCAAAACAAAAAAAAAAUAGUAUUCUCUUAGAAAUAUCAACUAUAAUAAAAUAACUUACCCCACCUAUAGCGUCCUUCUCUUCACAAAUCGGGCAAAUAUGGACAGCUUCGUCAUUAUAUCUUCCACUCCUGCACAGCAAGACUUACUGCAAAUCUGGCAGGUGAUCCAUCCUUCAGAAGACUCAGAAUACAAGCCGUGGCAGUUCAGACAUUCUGUAUCUUCGUUAUCUGAUGUCUGAGCUCCAUCGUCAGCUUUCUUGGUUUUUUUUAGAUCUCUUGUUUGUAUUUUUCAUUUUAUUUUUGUUUGUUGCCUUUGAUGUCGAUUUCAUACUGUUUUGUCUUUCUUCUAAUUCUUUUUUACAUGAAAAAGCAGUGAUAAUAGCUAUUUCUCCUCUUCUUCGAACUUGCCUUAGUCUUUUUUCCGGCAAUUCGUGGAUAAAACAUCAACUGUUUCAGUUGGUUGAAGUAGUGUUUGCUGAAGAAUUUAAGGCAAUGCCGGAGGCCGUUUGUGUAUCGGGAACUGACGAUAUUACUGUAAGUGGAACUGAGUUGUAUUCACUUUGGGUUCCUUCUCAGCGUUCAAGUGACUUCAGUGGCCUCUAGCAAUGAAAUCGUCUUUGGUAAAAAUGUGUGUAUUAUAAGGCUAGAUCCCACAUGCAUUAAUGGCAAUUGACAUUGUUGCUGCCCGAAUAAACGCUCCCCCUAAAAGUUCAGCCACGAAUACUAAUUUCUACCACAAUACUAACACUCAUAUUCACACUUAGAUAUUUUGGGACUCGAUAGUAUGAAUAUGAGUGUUGAAGCUGUGGCAAUAUGAAUAUUAUGAACUUUUCCAGAAAUUCCUACUUAAUUGUAUAGAUCAGGGGUCACCAAACUACGGCCUGUGGGUCAGAUCCGACUAAUGGUUUCGAACCACCAUCAUUUUCUACAGCCUUUGAUACAAAUGCGACCACUUCUUUAUUUUCACCACAUAUAUUUUUACUUCAAUCGAUGGUGACAGAUUUCAAGUUUUUCCAGUGAAGGUUCUUUUUAAUAAUGGCAUUUUCAACUUCUUUAAAAUAUCUGCCUCAAUUGUCGUGCCGGGAUUACUAUCAAUAUAAAGAAGCUCUUAAUGCACUUCAAAGCUUUUACCUACUCCAUGAAUAGAAAUCAACAUUUGUGCAGUAUCUGACACAUCCGUUGACUCAUCCAGGCCAGAGAAAACCAUUCAAGAUGUCCAUUUUUGUCAGACAUUUGAGAUGAUAUAUUUUCUUGCACACUCCAAGCCACGGUGUUUGCUGACAAAAUGACACCUUUCAACUUGCGCGAGUUGCAGUCUCUUGCUCAGUAUUUGCUUUGGAAAACAAAGAUUGCUGCGAUUUCAGUCCGCGCAUCAAAGCCUCAAAUUUUUCUGUCCGCAAACGUCCUAUAUAUUUAAAGUAAUUUUAAUGAUGCUUCGAUUCCUAGUGACGUUUAAUGUUAUAUUCUUUGAGAACAGCUAUAGUUUCAUUACAAAUUAGACUUAGCGCCUUAUUAUUGCACUCAAUCACAAAAUACUCAAAGUUCCAUUCAUCAUUCCUCUACAUUCACUGUCUAUUUUUCGCUUCUUUCCCAUACUAAUAAAUCGCAUAUAAAAGAAGUCUAUCAAAAAUACUCUUAUGUACAGAUAUUACUUCAUAUCACAAUAGGCACGUUUGCUUCCUUAGUCUUUCACUCGCAAUGGCGUCGGGGAGUCGCCCCACCGCGCCGCUAGACUUUUUCUUCAUCGGCAUUUGCCUAGCCAGAAGUACAUGGUAUCUCUAUUCGCCACUAGAUGUCCUUAGGUGUCACAAUACACUGUAGUAAUUAAAAUGCAAAAAAGACUAGGUUUGCUUAGGGGGGCAUUGUUUUGGCCCUUGGAACAUACCGAAAAAAUUAUUCUGGCCCGAAAGUUUGGAGACCCCUGGUAUUGAUAAUCGAUUCCUUUUAUACCCCGUACAUUAAUGCCAUAUUAUUCUUACAUUCGGUAAAUAUCUUAGCGAUAUGUAACAAAUUUUAGUAAAGGUUAUCUUGAGACUGCCUUAUUAGGUUUGUACUUUAAUUUGAAGUUUUUAGAUGACUUAUUAACACAAUCGGAAAACCAACUAUCACAAUUAAGUACAACUCUUUCAUUUGCUAACUACCAAACUAACUUUCUUUGAAAAUCGUUAAGAAUAUUUGAGAGUUAAAAGCAGGUUUGUUAUGAUAGUUCACAACAUUACAUAUACUUUCUGAUUAUCAACCAAAAUUUUACUUUUGGAAUAUCUUCUGUUACCUCAUUACUAUCCAAUAGAACUGAUGAUUUCCUAAUUUGUUAGCCUUGGUAAGAAAACACACACCCCACACUUUGUAUUAUUCAACUUUGUACAAUCUUCAGAUGUAAUUGAGAUAUUCCCCUUUAGAUCUAUCAAUCCACCAACUACAUUUUGUUUGGGAAAAGAAAGUGAGAAAAGUCUGGUUAUCCAUUAACUUUUCACAUUCCACUUAGGAGAGUUUGUGUUGAUACUUUGAUAUGAUUUUCCAUACUGGAAACAAUCACUCGAGGGCCUAGACUUUGUAGAAAUAGUAAACAGUGUGUUCAGUAUGAAUAUUACCAAUGGUUCCAGAAAUUCUAAUUUAGCUGACAUUUAAUUUUCUUUAUUCUUUCCAUAACCUUUUUCUUUAUUUAACAGAGAUCCCUCUAAUUUAAAACAUGAUAAAACCGGUUAGAGUUGUUAUAUUAGUUACUAAAUGCAAAUAUUUAGUGGAAUAUAUUGCCCUCCCAACAGAUAUUUUGUGAAACAACAUUAAAAGUUACAGAUACCUCGGAAAAACAUUAUCUAUUAAAAUAAUAAAUCUUUUAUCGUUAUUUUGAAGUAGAUUCCCAGAAUAAAAAGUUCUUAUUUUUGUGUGUAACAAUAUGUCAUGCAAGAAUGGAUAAAGAACUCUUUGAAAAUCUUUGUUAACGUUCGCAAAUUUGUCCGAGAUGUACCAAAUGUUUCCGAGGUAUCUUACUAGGUUACUUUUAGCAUAUAUGUAAUACUUCUAAAAGUGGAAGCUGUUCCCGACUAAGGAAGACAGCUCGGUUCUGCGCAUUCUCAAGCAUGCGCAGUAUAGAUAAAGUGUCUCGAAUCUAGGGACGUUUUUUCCCGUUCAAACUGUCCAUAUAGGAGUAUUACAUAUAUGACUUUUAGUGUAUACUUAUUUUGUGACAUUCAAUUGAGUUGUGACAUGAUGAGAUGUUAAAAAGUAAAAAAAACUAUGAAGGUUUUUGUGAUGAGUUUUUGUCGUUGUGUUCUUUUCCUUAUAUUAGUCAUCCCUAUAUGUAUCUAGUCACUCGAUAAUAUCUAUAUUAGGGUGGUCGUUAAAAAUUCAAUUUUUACGACGUUCCCUGAAAACCUUCUUGUUCAUAAAAAAACCAAGAUUUUUUUUAUUUAACAAGAACACUUGCCUCUACAUUAUCUAAAUUCAUUUUUUGAUGUAAUCAUCUUUUUUGGGAUUUUUUCAGGAAAAAUACAAUUUUAUUGGAAGUAUAAAAAAUUACGGAACUAAAAUCAAUAAAAAUAACAAUAUUUGAUCAAAAUAACAAUAAACAAAAAUCUAAAUUUAAAAAUUUGCAUUUUUUUAAACGGAACAAAAAUUAAUGCUGAAACAAACUAAGAAUAAUAGAAAAAAUAAUUAAUUUAAACAUUGAUCACAAUAAAUAUUAACGUGUUUCAGGCAUAAAAAUGUAUGAAACUUUUUACAAUAGUAUUUUGAUUUAUUGUCAUUUUUACACUUAACACCGUAGCAGUAGACCCAUUUGGCAAAUUUUCUACAAUUAUAAUAUUUGUUGCUUCUUGACGUCUAUUUCUUACUUACAGUGGUACAUUUUGAGCUGCUGAUCUUCUUUUCAAGCGUUCGUCUAAUGAUGAUAAGGCAAUGGUUGUCAAAAACUGUCUGCGUUUAAUAGUUUGAUCAUUAUUGUUAAAAUUGUAUAUGAUUUGUGCAUUUACACCUGCUACGUUCAUAGUUGAAUAGAAAAUUACCAUGUGGGCCACCUCCUGGUAUUACGUGCCACAUUGUACAACGAAAAAAGUUGAUCCAGUGUAUCAACUCCACCUUAUAAAAAGUGACAAUUUCUGCUUUAUAUUGAUGCACGAAAUCUUUAUCAAUCAUGUCGUUGUGGAGUAGACUGGACACUAAUAAGACAUUUUUAUUUUGUUUUGGCACAUACGACACAAGGGUAGUAUCUUCUUGAAAACCAAACAUACUUGACAAAAGGGGUCUUGGGGGUUCCACAGACCCAGCGCUACCACCGCAGGGUUAAAUAAAAAAAUGAAAGAUAUUCAAAUUGAUAUUUUCAUUUUAAAUUCACAUUUAUAUAAACUUUAUUUUAAUAUUUAGAUUUCUUCACUCAAAGCCUCGAUUAAGUUUCUACUAUAAUCAUGUAAGAUUUGAAUGAGGAAUUUUUUGUCCUUCAUCUUUUGUAAAAAAAUCUUUGUACUCUUGCAUUAGUCUCACGUUUAAUUAACUUAGAUCGUGUAAGAGGUAUGUGUUAUUUUCAAUGAACAAAAAAUUUCCUGUGUUUUUUCAUCAAAAAGAAGCUUUUUAGAAGGCGUUGCAAUAAUGUUAUUAUUAACGUCCUUCCUAAAGUAUAUUAUGUUAAAAUUGAGAAAAAUGUUCAUUUUCUUUAUCUACUACGAAAAAUUCGUUACAAAUUGCUUUACUUCUUGCAAUAUAUGUCCAAUUAGCCAAUUUUAUUAGUUACGCAUUAUAAAUAUUUGUUGUUUUCUAUAUAUGUUGUACUUAAUAAUUUGGUUAAAGUUUAAUUGCGCCAUGUCCAUUAAAUGGGACAUGGGAUAUUUAUUCUAUUGUAAACGUGAUUUCUUCUUUAUCAGAUACCGUAUCUGACCCUUUGCAAAAAUGUGUAAAUUUCAGUUUAUAAACAAAAACAAACGCAUCACCGUUUUGUUGGCAAAUAAUACUCAUUGAUUCAAUUUGCAGCAUAUAAUAAAAGUAUAAAUUUACUGUUGGGAGUUGGGUUCCCGAAAUUCAAGCACAUUACUUUUAUGAAUAUUUAUAUUGAUAAGAAUAUCCAGUAUUAAGAAUGAGAAUUUACAAUUUUCUGUGAUAUUCAAGCUCCUCUAAUAAAUUUGGGUGUUUCGGAAUUGAAAAUAAAGCUAUUAAACAAUAUAAAUUAUUGUCUUGAGACUGAUUAUCUUGUAUCAACCUAGUUAUCUAUUUAUAAUCUAUGUCGUUUUUGUUUGUAAAGUCUAUUUUACUUCAUACAUAUCUGAUAUUUUGUUUUAGGCGAUAUUUUAGUAUCAAUGGAAUCGAUAGUUAUUGUAAAACAUUUUGAAUUUGCAAAAUAAAAACUGCUUGGUAGCAAGGGCCUCAUUGGAUUAAUAAAUAAUUACAGAAAACAGUUUCUAUUAAUUUGUGCCAAGUUAAAUAUUUUUUCAAAGAUAAUAUUUGAUAUUCAAAAAUCUAAUUUUAAUUUUCGUUUGGCCACCUUGUAUACACAAUAUUUAUAGGUUUUUUAUUGUAUAUACUAAAAAACUGCUAAUUUUAUUUUUUACAAUAUUUUCAUACCUGUAUCAUGACAACUUGAUGUGCAUUGUUUCAAGAUUUAAUUUUUGCAGGGGUUCUGAUACACAUUAUUUAUAUUCGGAAAAUUUAUUAGUUUGUAUCGACUUUCCCCAACAUUAUUUGUACAGACUUCUCACACUACAAUUGUAACUUUAGAUUUAACCUUUGUACGAUAAGUACGCUUGCUGUGCCUUUAGUAGAUCUAAGUAGUUUUAGAUUGAAUUAGGAUUGUAUUCAUAUUUUUUGAUCAUCCUGAAUAAAAUUAACAUGAAAAACCAUUUGUGUGCUUCAAUCACCCAACUAUGAGUAAAAGGAAGAAACCAUUUUAGUUAUGAGAUAUACACUUAACUUAGUUUACUUUAGACAGUUAGAGAGUUGUAGAUGAAAGACAAGUGGAUAGUUAUUUUACUUGUGCAAACGAGCUAAAUUCAUAUUUUCAAAUUAGUCAAACAGCUUCUAUCUUCUCUAGUGUAUAAUUCUCAAAAAAUGAAACUACUAUUAGAAUGUUUUCUUGAUAUAUUUACAACUGAUAAGUCUAAUACAAUUCACAAAAAACAAGUUACAAUACCAAUCUUACUGUGUUUAUUGGAAAAACAUACAAAAUUUGAUGUGGUUAUAAAAUUGUUACAUUAAAUAUACAGCAUUUAAACGAAACACAAUAAGUAAUCAAAGUGAAAAAAUCUUCAGCAUGUGUGGCCUUUUCUAAUUCAUUUGUCACAUCUUAGCAAUAUAUACUUAGUAUGGGCACAUUAAUUCAAUUAAACUCGAAGGGACAAAGAAGAACUUUAACUAUACCUUCUAAUUUAUUGUUUUUAUUUGUUUAUAUUUUGAAUGAUUAAUUUCUUACCCUUUUAAACAUGCUAAAAAUUUUAACCUUCAAAAUAAGAAAUGAAGACAAGUGAAAAAAAAUACUACCAGAAUAUAAACUGGUAGACAUAUUAGUUACCAAUAAUUAUACAGUCAAAAACAGCAAGUUUAUAAUUAAAUAAAAGGAGUUAAUUUUUCUACCGAAAUUGUUGAAUUUGAGUAAUAUCUUUAAUAGAAUUUAUAAUUUAUCAGCUCCAGUCUUUAAACCUUAAAAGACCUCAAGCUUUUCCAAAAAAUACAUAAAAUUAAUUAUGUAAAAGAAAGUGUUUCAUGGAUAACAUAAAGAAGAAACCAAAUAGCAAGACAUAAAGAAAUUGGUACUAGAUUAUUACUUUUUGCUGUCAACAAAUAAUCCAUAAAAUUGUUGCGUACGAGACAACUAAAAUCGAGAGAUACCUUUAAUCAUGCUUAAUUAAAACUGAGGAAAGAAAGGUAUUAAUUAUUAAGCUUGCUGUCACAUAAAAAACUAUACUACUAGAAAGUAUUAUACCGAAAUUAAACGAUUUUGUUAGAAAUAUUUACGAUAAUAAGCUAAAUAUAUUUAUAUUAACCUGUUAUUUAUUAGUUUCAAUAAAAUAUCUAGUAUGGAAUUUACUUUAUAAAUUGUUGGAAAAGAACCAAAUCAAAAAAUUACUUUUUGCAACUUUAAAAAUCCCAGGGUAAGAAAAUGACAUUAUGAGAAACAAACCCCUUACUUGGUAUUAAAUGCAGGAAAAAAAUUUGAUUACUUUCAUUUAUAUAUUAUUAGAUGUUAGAAAUAAUUGAGGCUGAGAGUUCCAUAUAUUUUGAUCGAAUAUAUGAAUAUAUAAAUAUAUAAAUAUAUAUAUAUAUAUAUAUAUAUAUAUAUAUAUAUAUAUAUAUAUAUAUAUAUAUAUAUUAUUAGUACUUAGAGAAUAUAUCAACCCAACAAGUCCCUCUUCUAUUCUAAAAUAUUGUCAGCUGUUUCACCAUCUUUUAAAGUGCAAUUUUUUCUUUUGGUUCGACAUCCCUCUCUAUUGGGAAAAGUCUCUUUGAAACCCUCUAUUUACGUUGUAAUAAAGUGUGUCAUUAAUUGCCUCACAAUAUGCUCGAUCCAAUAAUGAUUAAAUAUAUUUGUACUCUCAUAUAUGGGCUAUAAAGUUGCAAACAUGUCUAACAAUAAUAGGUUAAUAUCAACGAUAUAUUAUUAUUAAUAAUUACAGUUUGUACGUUUUUUCACGUUAAAACAAAAAAAAAAGAUUGAUAAUAAUUAUGGUACAUUUUGCCAGCAAAAGUAUACCACCAUCAGUGAUGACUUGGUAUUUUGUUUAAACUAGAUAAGUAAAUCAAGCUUCUAUAAAGGUAUAAAUUGAUAAGCUUAAACUCUUUUAACACAGUUGUCUAUUAAGAAGGCACUCGAAAUAUAUAUCAAUUCACAUUUAUUGAGAAUUUUCCAAAACCUUUGAGCCUUGCCUAGCUAUAAGUAUAUGGAAAAAGGUACACACUGCACCUAAAACAUUUGCCCGAUGAAAUAUCAAAUAAACUCAUGAGAAAUAUAAUGUGAAAGUUGAUAAGGAAUGAACGGAACGAGACCAAUGGUUGGAGAAUUUAUUUCGACCCUAAAGUAUGGAUAUUAUAAGGUUAGCGUGAAGGACCCCUUUAUAAUUAAAAAUUAAAUAAUUUAUUGUUGAUACCUGUCGAUAUUUUUUAAAUGAUAUCAUUAAUUGACAAGUGGUAUUAAUAUGGAUUACAAAAACAACAGCAGAUAAUAAAGGAGAGAAAGAAGCAAAUACAAAUGAUAUCACAGGUUGAAGUUUAAUUAAUUAUUCUAUGUAUGCAUGUGCCAUUACUCACUCUUUGAACAAAUAAAAGAUAUUAAAAUAUAUGUCAAGAUUUUUUUAGGAAAAUUUUCAAUAAUAAAUUGUAUGUUAGGCAAACUGUGUUUGUAUACAAGUACAUAACUUACAUUUAGAAACGAUUGUCGAUAUAUAUAUAUAUAUAUAUACAAAUAUUAAUAGAAGGCACCAAAAUGGAUGGAUUUGUAAUCAUAUAAAUAUAUAAUGAGCAUCAUGUUUUCUUGAUAACGUUCUAAGUUAUCAGAAACAGUAGUCAAUUAAUUUGCACUAGGAUCUGUUCACAAUAUGAACAGUCAGUACAAGUUUACUAUAAAAUAACAUUUAAACAUGAAUAUAUCUAUACAGGUUGUUCGAAUGAAGUUUGAAUAGUAAGGUCUAAUAAUAAUUUAACUAUUUGAAAUUUUUUAUUUAAUAAGUAACUGAAUUGGUCUAACCAUUACAUAAAUUGAAAAAUUAACUGUACAGUUAAUGAACAUAUCCCAAUAAUGUUAUAAACAUAUAUUUAUAAAUCAUUUUCGUUAAAGUUUUAGAAUCACUGUUCUAUAGUAGAAAAUUUAGCCACUGACGUUGUUAUAGUAUAAAUAAAAAUUAAAAGUAAUGAAAUAAUGAUUGAUUACAGAGUUAGAGGAUUGAACCUCUCAAUCUUACAUCUUAACAUCCUAGUUUUCAUUAAACUUUUUUUGGAAUUUCUGUUAGUUUUGAUAACAAAAAUGCACACUUUUUGUUAAUUCAAAAUUCACCUGAUAAUUACUGGUAUACAGUCAAAGACUAGAUUUUCUACCUUAAUCCAAACUUUUAAUAUAUUGAAUUAAUUGCUUAUUUAGACAUCCUGUAUAUAUUGGCUUAAAAAAAUUAGUCAAUUGUAGUUGUAAAUGUCAGUGCAGUACGGAAAACAAACAAAACAGGGAACAUCUUGAAAUGCCAAAGGAAUUUUUACAUAAAGUGGAACAAAAUAUAGAAAAACUUGCGUUAUCCUUAAUAAGCUUCAGAAAAAAACAUGUACAUUUCUCAAACAGCUUUUAUAGACAAAAAAUAUAAUUCAACAUAAAAUAUAUAAUUUUAUAUAAAUAGAAACGCAUAACCACCUCUUCAACUAUAAAAAAUAUUGCACUGUCACUUUCACUUCCAAGAUUUCAAGAAAACUAUUACCCAUAUUUGUUUUCACUCUGUAUUUUAUAUUAACAGUAAUACCUAAACUGAGUGCUGAUUUUGUUAUAAAAUUUGUGUAUAAAAUUAUAAUUGUAUAAAAUUGUCAUCGAACCUAAUUAUAUGCUAUUACACAACAAUAAAUAAAUAUUAAAAAAAUUUAGCAAUCUGGAAGAUAAAUUAGGUCCACCCACAACUUUUAUUUCACAGUUGGGCCAUCAAAUUCUUAAGUGCAUUAUUGUGGUAGAGGGUAUAAAACAUAUUCUGAAUGUCUUAAAACUUUCCCGAAUUGAACAAAAAGAAUUGAUAUCAAUAAAAGACAAAAAUUUA